AUGACAGAUGCCACGAGUAGUCCGCUGGCUGGUUUGUGGAAGCCCACCCACCUCAAAGCGUUGUGGUACGGUCCCAACAGCGUCAAGAACCAUCUCGUGGAAUCUCUACCCACAGAAUCCUCCAAGGCUUUCAUCGUCACUGGCUCUUCUCUGGCGACCAAGACUCCCCUGAUUAAACAGGUGGAGCAGCUACUAGGGUCGAAGCAUCACGCAGGGACCUUUUCGAACAUCAAGCAACACGCUCCUGUCGCUCAGCUGGACGAGGCAACCGAGGCGGUCAUCAAGGAUCCGAGCAUCGAUACCAUCAUCUCCAUCGGAGGCGGAAGCCCGAUAGACUCAUCCAAAGCCAUCUCUUAUCGCUUCAACGAGAAGGCUGGCAAGUUUCUCUUUCACAUCACCGUCCCAACCACCCUUAGCGCUGCCGAGUGCACAUUCAAUGCAGGCUUCACCCAGGAAGAUGGAAUGAAGACUGGUGUGGCCCACGCUGAGCUGGCACCUCACGUCAUCAUCUACGAUUCCAAAUUCGCUCUGGAAACCCCUCCGCAGCUGUGGUUGUCGACGGGGCUUCGCGCCUUUGAUCAUGCCGUGGAGCUGCUCUAUCAUCCGACGGCUACCGAGGUUCCGGCCAAGGACAGCUGUUUGUCAGCUGCGUCCAGAUUGUUCAGCGGCCUCCCAAAAUAUCAAGAUGACCCCAAGAAUGAGGAACACAUUACCCAAUUGCAGCUCGCUUCUUUUGCAUCCCUGGCUUUUCUCGGCCUCAACGUCAAGGGUCCCUUGGGCCUAAGCCACACUCUCGGAUACGCCCUGGGCUCUCCGUAUUCCAUACCACAUGGGAUCACCUCCUGCCUCACUCUCGGACACGUCGUUAAGCUCAAGGCCCAAGAUCCCCAAGCUGCCUCGCAAAUCGCCAGAUUGGCUCCUUUCCUUGGCCUGACGAAGACUGGUGAUGACCAACAAGACGCCACCAAAGUCGGUGACGCCAUCUUGAUGCUGGUCAAAUCUCUCGGUCUUUACAAGACUCUAAAGGAGUACGGCGUUGGGGAAGACCAGGUUACUGUUAUCGUCAAAAGGGCAACGAAACAAGAUCAAGGAGAGGUCUACGACAAGGUGGCGAGCCUCGUCAAGCAGCUGUACUGA